AUAUUAGCUGCAUUCGGUUUCGAUCGAAAUUGCGGAGCAGUCGUGCGCGCGCGCAGCCGUCCUUCCCACUCUAUACCGGUCCGCCUCACCGGACACCCGCGCGUUUCUUCCGGCCGAAUACAAACUUAUCCUAAUUCCCGAAAACAAUUAUGGACCGAUAACCAUCGAGGUAAAUACGCGGCAUCACUACUGACGAAUUCUCGUAAAGUGAUCAUACAAACUGUCACAAUGUACACACCGGAAUCAAACGAUAUCAAAGAUUCGUCAAAGAACUUAAUGAGUGGGGAUUUCGAGAGACAAUACAAGGAAGGUAUGGAGAAAAGUGGUUCGCGGAGGAAGGGGUGUGUGAUAUUUGGUGUUACAGUGGGAGCCUUGGCCUUGUGGCUGCUAGUUUUAACCAUAGUUCGCGAAGUGCAAAUAAACAAGCUCCGGUAUGAGGUCGAUCAGCUCACAGCGAACAUGAUUGCGAUGACAGCUAACGUUAAGUCCCUAAACCAGAAGCUCACGAACAACCGCCUGUUUAAUGAAUUCAAGAAUUUGGAAGACACGUUAUACGCAGACGAAGACCAGGACGUGAACCUGGUAGAGGAAGACAAGGAAACGAAACAAGACAAGCAAAGCUACGACUCCCUGGAGAAGCUGCACGGGCUGACGGUGCUUGAGGGUGAUGAUGAAGACAUGUUCGAGGGAGAUGAUGACGCGGAGAGCGGGGACUGGUAUCCGGAUUACGAUAGGAGAGAAAAGAUAGGAUCGACGAACAUGGUGCGUCUGACUCCCGACGACUUCAUGGAAGGUGUAGUCGGCGUGGACGUCGGCGGCAACCUCAACGAGAUCAAACGUUUGCUCAAUGAGAACCCCGAGAUACAGGAUAUUGCUCUGCCAACCUUACCAUCCUUCACGCGCAACAAAGUCGAAGUGACAAGCAAGACACCAGACACAGAGCCAGAGAAACAAAAUGGCCGCGUCAAACGUCGUGUGAUGCCGGACUCCGCUGCUGAUGCCAUCACACCGGUCAACACGCCUAAAGCUUUCGCUAAAUUGGAUGAGAGGCGUAAAACGAAGAAGUACAUCCCGCAGACAGAAGCUAUCACUCCGUCUUUACACACCGUAUCUAGAACCGUAAGAGAUAGUGCUGGGGAGGAAGACGGUCAAAGGCGACCUUUCAUAGCGGCGCAUUUCCAUGGCAACACAUCGCAUCUUAACACGGAAAUACAUGAACAUUUCAAAGGUAACGGUCUGGUCCGCGUGUCGCACGGCGCCCCGCACGACGUGUGGUACCCGGCGCCGUGGACGGCCGCGUCGCCGCACCCGCGCCCCACGCUCACCCGCUCCGGCCACGUGCACGUGCACCACACCGGCGUCUACCUCGUCUAUGUGCAGAUCUACUACCUAGACAGCCACGACAUAAUAUCCUGGGUGCUCCACCGUACCAACCCCUACACAGAAGGUCGUGACACCCUUCUGCAAUGUGCCCAAACCUCUCACUCAAACGAACCGACAGACAGACCGAACUCGUGCUUCUCAGCAUCAGCCCUGUUCCUUAGAGCUGGGGACAGACUAGCGGUCAGGAAUACAGGGGGAGAUAGACAUUCGCUCAUGCAACCGGAAAAAAGCUUUAUUGGGCUCGUCAAAUUGGCUGAUGCAGAUGAACCGAUACAAGAAUUGUAGGAUAUAUUUGAAUCGUAACUUUAGCUACGAAUAAUAGAUAUUGAUUUCAAAUUGUUAGCAAGCUAUGUGUAGCAGAUUUUAAAAGAUUUAAAACAAUUAUUGAAGAAAUCUAAAUGUUGAUGCAUAUUGUAUUUUUUUUUUCACUAAGAUUUUAAGAGCACUCGUCACAAUGGACAGCGUUGGGCCAGCAAAUAAUCGAUGUUUGCGGCCAUUACGGCGGUUAUGAACAAACAUGUACAAUGACGACCGAUCAUAAAUAUUUAGGCCCUCUACACUAUCAUGAUUGUCUUUACUCGCCCAACGCUGCCCAUUGUGAAAAGGACCCAUUAGAGUGAAAAACAAUUGAUAUACAAAAACUAAAAAAAAAAUCAGCUACGUAAACGUCUACUUUAUCGUCUGCUUACACAUUGAGUGCAUUUAAAUGUAAAUAAAAAAUUUCAACAGUAAAAAUCAACACGGAGUGAAAUAUUUCUUGUCUAAAAAAAUUUCAAGAGUGAACUUUUGUACCUUUAAUAUAUACUCUAAGCCGUAGUAAUAAGGUCUUCUUUAGCGAUCAUGAUUUUGUAGUAUAGAAAUAGAGCCUACGUGAUUAUUAUAAUGUAUAGUCAAAGUGUGCCAUUUUUAAUAGAACAAAUUCAUAAAUUAACAAAUAAAGUGAUGUGUGGCUUGCCAAUUUAAAAAUAAACUGAAAUAACCCAUAAUUUGUAUUGUUGAAAAUUAUAUAUUUUUCAAUAUUUUAUAUGGUAACGAAAGAUCUGUAAUGCCAUUGAUAAUAUUAGUACAUAUUAAUGUUAAUAUUAAAUUAUAAUUUAUUAUAAUUGUAUUAUGUAUAUUUUAACUUUACCCUGUAAGAUUUAAAACGCAAUUAAGCAUUGUGAGUUAUUAAAAUAAAUGAUUUUUUUUAAA